AUGAAUUAAACUCUCACACUAAUAAUAUAACACACAGAAAAAGGGAAAAUGUAUAACAUAGAAGUAAGUGCAGACUCAUUAGUAUCAGAACUAGUUGCAGAAUUUACAGAAUUGCUUAAUGCAGGAUAAUAAAUAGUUUCAUUUGUCUAUAAUGGUAAAACAUUAGAUGCAAAUAAAUCAUUCAAAGAAUAAGCAGUAGUAAAAGGAGCUCGAUUGGAUUUAAUAUUAAAACAUCAUGGUGGUCGAAAAUGA